AUGGGAUUGGUAAACAGUAAGGAUUUUACCUCAAGAAGAAAGGUAGAUGAGGCUACCAGUAACACCAGUUUAUCCAAGUUACGCUACGUGAUAACAGAAAAGCCAAAAUGGAAAGUUUUCAAAAAGAAAGAGGUAGUACCUUUACCACAGUAUCGUCCUGUGAAGGGAUGUCCUUGUGGCAACGCUGGACCUUGCAAGCAAAAGGUGACACCGAGAGGAGUUACCAUACAUUAUCCUCAGAAAAAGAAAAAAUUCUGCGCCUUUGGCACGGAUCGACGGUACAAGCCACCUAAAACCCAAAAAAGUUACUUCACUAGCCCAAAAACUGACAAUAAAGUAAAAGUAAUUCGGCGUAAGAGAUUUCCUACCUUUAGACUGGACAAGAUUUCAUGUUAUUCGCCAUUUAGCAGAACCGUCGCGCCCCGGCCUGCGGGUACCGUUGUGAAUUGA